UGUGCUCCGGUUUUGCAGGUCCGUUCAACUGAGGGCAAAGGGGAGCAAAACGUGGCGGAUUCGGUGACCCCUCUCGGCUGUGACCACAGGCGCACAGGGAAUUAGGGCAAGGAAAUGCGUGAAUAUAAAAUAGUGGUGUUGGGCAGUGGAGGUGUAGGCAAGUCCGCACUCACUGUCCAGUUCGUUCAAGGAAUCUUCGUCGAGAAGUACGACCCGACGAUCGAGGACAGUUACCGGAAACAGGUCGAGGUCGACGGUCAACAAUGUAUGUUAGAAAUCCUAGACACAGCCGGAACGGAACAAUUCACAGCCAUGAGGGACCUUUACAUGAAGAACGGGCAGGGCUUCAUCCUAGUUUACUCGAUAACGGCGCAGUCCACGUUCAACGACCUGCAGGACCUCAGGGAGCAAAUCCUGCGGGUGAAGGACACAGAUGACGUACCGAUGGUGUUGGUGGGCAACAAGUGCGACUUAGAAGACGAGAGGGUAGUGGGCAAAGAGCAGGGCGUCAACCUUGCCCGACAAUUUAACUGUGCGUUCAUGGAGACCUCUGCCAAAGCCAAAAUUAAUGUUAUCGAUAUCUUCUACGACCUGGUUCGGCAAAUCAACAAAAAGUCGCCAGAGAAGAAGCUGAAGCAGAAAAAGAAAUCGCUGUGCCUACUUCUGUAAAGUAGGGGACGUAGCAGAAACGCCCAUACUCUCCUGCGUGGACAAGGAAGGAAGAAAGAAAGGAAGGAAGGAAGGAAGGAAAGAAAAAAAGAAAGAAGGGAAAAGGAAGCGAGUCAGAGAACCGGAAAUACCAGUGGCGUGGAGGAGUGGGAGGAGGAGGAGGAGGAGGACAACAGGGGUUCCAGGCGACUACCGAGCAAACACUAGCGACAAGGUGGAAGGGGGGCUGAACGGAAUCAUAAGUAAAUAGAGGCAGACACAGCGUGGAACGGACACGGGGAAUACACAUAGUCGUAGAACACCCGGAACAGAAAGGUGACAAUGACGCGACGACCUGGGAAAGAAAGCGACAGAAAGGGAAGGAGACAGAGAGAGUACGGGGAGGAGGGUGGAGGAGACAGCGAGGAAAAACUAAUAAUGUUGUAUAUACGUUGGUCCCGGGGUGGCUCGUGUGCACGCGCAAACACAGGCGCACAAAGAGUUUUAGUGUUAACGAGACCCCGUGGCGUCGGUUAUCAUUGUAGGCGUUUUGCAUUAAACAAGAAAAAAAGCAAGUAAAUGAUUAUGAUAAUGAUGCAGAUAAUGAUGAUGAUGAUGAUGAAGAUACGAUGAUGAUGAAGAUGAUGAUGAUGAUGAUGGUGAUGAUGAUGGUGAUGAUGGUAAUGAUGAUGGCGAGGACGAUAGAUGAAGAGGAUGUGGCGGCAGAAGAGGAGGAAAAGGAGAAGAAGCAGGCAGAAGAAGAAGAAUCUGAUUAAUUAAUGAUAGUAUAUAAAUAUAUAUAUAUAUAUAUAAAUAUAUAAAUAUAUUUAGGAGAAAAGGAUGGAAAAAGCAAAAAGAAAAUGUUUGGACGUGCGCGUGCGCAGGCCACCAGCCCCCAUGCAUCGCCCGCCGCGCACCUCUCUCUUAUAUAUAAUAUAAUAAUUAUACAUAGACGGUACACACACACACACACGAUGAUUAUUAUUACUAUUAUUAUUAUUAUUAAUUAUUAUCAAAGCAUCAAAAUAUUCAUAAGUUAUAUCAACCGUUUGUUUCUCGAACAAUAUAUGUUUUUUCUAUAUCUCUCCGUAUUAAAGCAAAUAAUAAAAAAUCUCUCAGUGAAUGUUAACAAAAAAAAAAUUUAUGAAAAAAAAAAUAAGAACGAAAAGCCCAGGCUGGUGGUUGUCCUCCUUGCUUCUACACCAGACGUCUCCCAAUUUCCCUUGCCACUGUGUAACUCCGAUGACGGGCUGAGUGGUUUAAAACAGUUGGAAAAUUUCUUUUCCUCCAUAACGAAACUACGGAGGAAAUCCUAUAAAUUAGCUUUCAAUCAUCGUAGACUGUAUUUAAACAAUUUCCUCUACAACGUAGUCUCUCUCUCUCUCUUUCUCUCUUCUUCUUCGAUUAACCGACGAUUCGUUGAAUGUAGCGCGAUCAGAGAAAAGCGUCCGUAGAAAAUCGCGACGCUACGGAGAAAUCGAUCCCGAAAGACUGCAGCCUGCGUUUAAACCAUUCAGGCGUUCCCGAUUGCAUCGAUCCUCGAUGGACGGGCGUGUUUCGGUUGUAUUUUCGCGUCGGCUCCUACUAUCCCCCCCGAUGUCCGUAUGUUAACGAAAAAUGUUUAUGCAUCGGCAGGCCUUUCCCACGCGCGAUGGAGUCACCGAGAGAGCUCCGUUAGUUCCGUAGAAGAAGACUCGGCGGAGGAACCAGAAAACUAUCUAAGCAGGACUGAGAACUUGUAAAGUAGCUAAUCGAGGAAAAAGUGUACAAUAGAUGUCAGCAGCACACAAAGGAGCCACUCGUGUACAUAUACAUAUACAUAUACAUAUAUAUAUAUCAAAAUAUAUCCCCCAGUUGACCAACGUCCGCAAGAAGCCCCAUCGAGCAUGUACAAAGAAAGAGAUAUCCUACAACAACAGCCCCGGAGAUGAUGAUGUCGCCUACCAAACGAGACGGCACCGCAUCGUUGCUACCGCGAGGCUGCCGAUAGCGAUACCGUUGGGGCUUGCAACCCUCCACGUGGCGGCGCUACUGGUCACAUUGCAACAGUUGUCCAUCGCCUCCUGGAGCAGCCUGGGGUAGUACUCGUUCCAGAAGUCGAGCGCCUUGUAAUCGACGUCGUUCCCGUCGCUCAUGUCGAUGUUCCUGUCGAUGAUCAGGAUACCGGGCUUCUCCUCGGUGUACGGCUCCCAUUUAUUGUUCGUGAGCGAGGGGUUGCCCGACCUGGCGAAGCUUGCCAGCAUCAUGAUCAUCACCUCGGCCAUCUGUUUGUCGCCGAAGUUCCACUGGAUCGAGGUGCCGGGUACCAGGGGCAGGCCCCAGACGAACGGCAGCUCGAACAUGUGAGGGACACCGACCCACUCGGGCACGUCGUUGGUGAUGUACUGGGUCUUGGGCCGAUAGUCGAACCUGUAGACGAACGCGGGCUUCUCGCUGCCGACCUUACCGGCCAGCAGAGUCAGCCCGGCGGCGAAGUUCUUCUCGGUUAGCAGGUCCAAGUAUCUGUCCCGCAGGACGCUCUGGUUCCUGCUCGGCGGAUGCGGCUUGUAGAAGAACAGCACCGCGUCGGCCACCGUCUCGGGCUUGGUCUCGCAGGUCGAGUUGUCCUCCAUGCACGAGAUCGCCGAGAGGAACUCGUCGUUGAUCAGCAUCUCGAACUUGCUCGGGGACAGCUUGCCGUCCGGGUUGCCCUUGCCCAGCGACUCCAUGUACGCCAGGGCCUGCUCGUUCUUGGUGUAGCCGACCAGCAGAGGCACGCUGUUCAGCUGACCGGUCUCCAGGGCGUCCCGGGGGUGCAUCGGCAGGAACGGCUCCGUCUGGUUGGUCGUCUCGGCGUCCACUAUCGGCCCCCACGUCUCGAUGUCCGAGGACUCGCGCACCAGGAUGUUCACCUCCACCCGGCGAAGACACUCCAUCAGCGCGGACGUCGGACGCCGGUAGCAGCCGAACUUCUCGGCGAUGAUGUCCACCACCGGCAGCUCCGCCCGGGGCGAGCCCACCGAGCUGAUCGCGUCCCCGCUCAUCGCGAUCGCCUUCGAGAACUUGCCCUUGCUCAUCGGACUGAUCAGAUGCAGGCCCACGCUGAUCGCGCCGGAACUGUGCCCGUAGAUCACCACGUUCGACGGGGACCCGUUGAAGUACUGGAUCCUCUUCUGCACCCAGUCCAACGCCGCGAUCUGGUCCAACAUGCCGUAGUUACCGGGCGCCUCCGCGUCCGUCGUCGUGAAGUAGCCCAGGAUGUUCAGCCGAUAGGCCACCGUGACCACUAGCACCUAGAACCGGUUGCGUAGCCGUUAAUCGUAGAGUUUAAGAUAGACCCUUCGAAUGGGGCGCGGCAGGCUCUCCUAUACCACGCUGUCCAACGACUUUCGAGCAUCCGCGUUCUGCUAAACGACCGGACGAUUUUUCUCUUGAACGAGAACGUCGAGACAAGCCGCCGAUAGACUGCGGAUCUUCGUGCGCUAAUCAUCUUGAUUAGAGAAUUGUAUUAACACGUUGAGCGCCGCGUCGGUCACACAUGAAUGACGCUGAUUUUUUACUAAUUUUGAAAUGUCAUUUUCAUUGUAAUAUAUUCGGACAAACUGAAUUUGUCUAGGAUGCGAAAGAGUUCCAAUGUCGUCCACUAUGAUCGAUUUUAACGUUCUAGUUUCUGUUUAAUUAAUUAAAGCGCUUUCCCCACGUGGAAAUUUUAGUGAUCGAUCGUCAACGCUGAACGUGUUAAACGCGAAUUAAAUAGAAACGUUAUCUCUCCUCGUCUUAAUAAUUUCUACUGAAUUCAGAAUAACGUGGGAACACUCUUCAAGUUUUUCUAAUGUUUUUUCGCGGUUUUAUAUAUGUAUCGUGCUUAAAGCUCGUCUUCUUUUUUUAUCGUGAACGCAUUAAGUCCGCAGUCUAGUUGAUUAGCAAAAUCGCGAAACAGGAUGUUGGCCAGCGUUAUUGUUAAAGUUGAGGAGUUUCCGACGAGCUCGUUCGGUAAAUUAGUCUAGAGAAUGGUCCGAGUAGAUCGAACGAGGAUCGAAACUAACGAAUAUCGACACGAUUUAGGAAUUACAAAACGCGCGCUGCUCGCUGACGACCACGAACCAGUCAGCGUGUCCAGUUUAGUAUUUACUCGAGAACCCCGUGGUGUCAUUCCGUGUUCUAUCAUAGAUUUUCCAACAUGCUACGAAUUACUUGUUCCGGAUAGCGUAUUUAUAGUAUGGAGUGUUUCCAACCGAGAAUAAAGCAUUUACAAAAAGGAGA